GUUAAUCUUAAAAAUGAAGCUUUUCAAUUCUCCUAAGAACCUCACAGUCACUCUGCCUCCAUACUUCUUUCUCUUCUGCCCACAAUGUCAAGAAGAACGACCCAAGUCCUUGAAUCAAUCCACCUGAUGAACACAGCCCAGAUUUUCAGAGAAGCAAUCAGAAUUAUAUUUCUCCACCCAACCCAUUUCCAUUCCAUCUCCAUCUUCCUAUUCUCACCAUUACCAAUCUCCCUCUUCAUGUCUCACUUCCUCAUUCACCAGUUUCCACAAAUACCAAUCUCAGCACUUAAAGCCAUAGACCAUUCACUUGGGCAGCAUGGAGUUCUUCCCCUGCCCAAACUUCUACCCAAAACCCUUGUUCACAUCAUCAUUUGCUUCCCUUCAAUUAUCACUUUCUCUCUCCUUGGAAGAGCUGCUACUGUUCAGGCAGUUUCAGAUGGUUACCAUGGAAUCAACCUAGACAGAAGAAGGCUACUUAUGAGAAGUGGAUUGGUUUGGGUCAAGCUUCUCCACACAAGUUUCUGGGAGUUUCUUAUUGUACUUGGCCUUUUUGGAGCUUUGGUGGCUAGUUUGGCAACAGUGCCAAAGAUUUUGUUUGCAUUUGGGGUAUGUUCGAGGGUAUUAGGAUUUUUUAGUGUCCUGGGGUUUGCAGGGAUACCCUUUUGUGUUGUAUUUGCCCAUGUUAUGAUUGUGGGGAACUUGGCAAGGGUUGUAUCAGUAGUGGAGAGUGAGUGUUACGGGUUUGAUUCUAUAGUAAAGGCUAAGAGACUCAUGGAAGGCAGGCGACAUACAGCCCUAGUCAUGGCUUUGUUGAGUAAUGUGGGAUUUAGACUUGUAGAAUGCUUGUUUGAAUUUAGGAUGUGUACAGGGAUGAGUUUGUGGGAAGGCCCCCUGUUGGUUUCCAUGUAUUCUUUGGUGCUUGUUUUGGACACAGUCAUGAAUGCUGUCUUCUACUAUGCAUGUAAACCUCCAGAUUUCAGCGUCUUCUGACAAAGAAAGGAUGCUCAUAUACUGAAAAUAAUCCUCCUAUGGUUUCAGGAGAGGGGAGA